AUGGACGGCCUGAUUCCACUGGUGUGCCGGGCGUUCAAGAGGAACAAAACACGUCAGCACUACGAGUGCCUCUCCUCUGGCGCCGCCGCUCAGCCGUACAACGCCGCCGACUUCCUCAUCAGCGCCGCCGACCACGUCCCGUCUCUCUACACCAACAUUCCUCCUCCCCGAUCGGAGUUCCAGGGCGGCCGCGGCGACGGGGGCCAUCGCCGGUACAUGUCGACGGCGGGAGAUUUCGCGCCGGAGCGUCACGGAUCGCCGGCGGUCGUGCGGAGGAGCUCGUCCGUGGUCGUCGCCGGCGGCGGGAAGCAGCAGGAGAUGGUGAGGUUUCGGAGCCACCGGCGGAUGUUUAGCUGCGUGAGUCUCGGGGAAGAUUAG